AAAGAUACAUUCACAAAUUAAACAAAGAUUACUUUAUGAUGUAGAUUUAUUGUAAAUUGUAACAAAAAUCCAGUUUAAGAUGUUUUGGGUGUGUUUUAAUUUAAACAGGUGAUGUGUCAUUCCAUGGCGCAUCAUUUAAAUAAGUUUUUCCUUCUCUUAAUAAUAGUUUUACAGAUAAAAGCUUCUCGGCGUUUCAAUCAGCCUUUAUGGACUUGGGAUUGUAUAAAUGGAAAAUGUUUGCCUGUUAAAGCCACAAUUUCUGGAAGACUUCAGUCUCUUAUUACAUGUAAUAUGUUAUGUACUACAAUUCAACUUUGGCCACAACCUACUGGAUCCGUCAGUUUGUCUACUACAGCUGUCCCUGUGCGAGCCGAUUUAUUCCAGUUACAAGUAUUGGACUUUACAUCGCAACCAGUUCUGGAACAUUUACAAAAUGCUUUUGACAUUUUUCGCCAAGAAUUAAGUUUCACUGAAGAACAGUUACGUGGAUUCGACGAAUGGUAUAAAGUUGUAGUUCGAGUGAGGAUUAACGGAAGUGGCGAUCCUCGCAUGCGACUCGACACGGACGAGAGGUAUGCGCUGUCCGUGCAACCGGAAGUCGGUAGCGUCGGUACCAUGGCAGUUUACAUCAUAGCCAAUUCUUUUUGCGGUGCAAGGCAUGCGCUCGAAACUCUCACGCAGUUGAUAUGGCUGGAUCCUUAUGCUGGCUCCCUAUUAAUGUUGGAAGCAGCUUCCAUUCAAGACGCGCCUCGCUUUCGAUAUCGAGGUCUAAUGAUCGACACCGUACAUAAUUACUUUCCUGUUGAAGAACUUUUACGUACUAUCGACGCUAUGGCUACCUGUAAAUUGAAUACUUUUCAUUGGCACGCAACUGGCGCUCAAGCGUUUUCGAUAAUGUUCAAUAGUGUACCGCAAAUCAACGUCCCGGCGCAAAUCGGACAAGCGUGGGAUUGGGGUCCCGUGCUUGGUCUCGGACACUUAGCAUAUUGUUCUAACUUGGAACCCUGGUAUCUGUAUUGCGAUGAACCUCCAUGCGGCCAGCUCAAUCCCCGUAACGAUCAUAUAUACAACAUACUUGAGCGACUGUUUCACGAAGUCACCCAGUUGACGGGAGUAGACGAUCUGUAUCACAUCGGCGGGGAUGGGAUGUCUGAUCGAUGUUGGACACAAUAUUUUAACAAUACGGAACCUAUGGAUCUCUGGAUAAAUUUUACUCGCAAAACGUUACAUAGCUUACAAAAAGUCAAUGGCAAUUUACCAAAACUGACAUUAAUUUGGUCUUCGCAGUUGUGCGAAAAAAUCAAAACAGAUUUAAAAGAAUAUGUGAACUUUAUAGGAUUACAGGCACGUAACGUUGCCUGGAAUGAAAAUUUUGUGAGCGGCUUGAGAACCGUUCUAUCAAACGAAGACGUUUGGGAUUUGAACAGUGGAAUGGGGGCAUGGCACGAGGACACCGAGGGCGCGCCAUACAAUUCGUGGGAGAAGAUAUACGAGUAUCGGCCGUGGGCGAGCAGUAGUCUGGGCUUGCUGGAGGGUGGCGAGGCGACGGUGUGGUCCGCGACGCUGAGUUCGGGCGGGCUGGAACAGCGGGUGUGGCCGCGCGCAGCUGCGCUUGCUGAGCGCCUGUGGUCGGACCGGCCCGAGGGCGCCACGCGGCCGGUGCAGGCGCGCCUCGACGUCUACCGCAUGAGACUUAACACACGGUACAAUGUUAAGGCUGAGCCUAUUUGGUCCAUGUGGUGCACCCAUAACACAUACUCAUGCCUUUAAAUUAAUAAAACAGUAUGUAUCUAUUUUAAGAUGAAGAGUAAUAAUUGAUGAUACUGAAACAUUGUUUUCAAUUGUUAGUAUUGGUACAAUAUGCUAGAACAUUUGAUUAAAGCGAAAUAAGACAACAAGUGCAAUACUUACACUAAUCAAUGUACUUUACACUACACUCGUGUUUUUGCGAGACAUGUUUUAGAGAUGUCGUAUUCUUUUGCUGCGAUGACUGAGUUUUCCCCUCAAUUUUUUCUACAACAGUGUUUGUUAGAUACUAUUUUUAAAGUAACAAUUCCAUAUAAAAAUUAGUGUUAUUAUAAGAUUUUUUAUUUCUUCAAAUUAUUGGUGCUGUUUACUGGAUGGUAAAUGUUUUUAUUGUAACUGUGAUAUAAAAAUGACAAAAGACGGCAUUUGGCGUCUGACUACAAGUGUGUUGUAUUUGCUCUUUCUGUUGGUUUUGAAUAUAUUUUAAUGAUGAUCUUUUAGA